GCGGCCACACUUCAGCAUAGCACGUGUAGUUUUGUUUUAAUUUAAAAAAUAUUUUUGCCCGGGAUAAUACGCAUCAGACGCCUAGUAAAAAUGGUUAAAGUACAGAAACCGCAGCCCAAGUCGCUGAACAAGAGCAACAGCAUCGAGGGCGUGGUCAAGAAGAAGGGCAAGCAGGAGAAGGCCAAAAAACUGCCCGUGGAAGCCACUUUGGAUUUGGCCAGCGGCAAAAAGGCGAAAAACGCGGUGGUGAAAAAACCAGAUGCCGCCAAAAAAGAGCCAAAGGCUGCCAAAAAGGAGGCUGAGAAGCAGAUCAAGUCAAAGGCGGCCAAGAGGCCUCUGAUUCUGGCUCCUCCCGAGUCGCCGGCUGCCCCUCCUCCAGCAGAAAAGAAGUUGAAGGGAAAGCCGGCUGCAGUGGACAAAAAGAGUGCGGCGAAGAAGCCCCUGAUCUUGGCGCCUCCCGAGUCGCCAGUGGCACCCAAAAAACAAGAGAAGAAAGCCAAGGCUGCUCCCGGAGCAGGCAAGAAGGAAGCCGCUCCAGCUAAGAAGCCUGUCCAGGAGCCAGCGCCAGUUAAGAAGCCCGCCCAGGCUGCUGUUCCUUCUAAGAAGUCAGCCCAAGCUGCUGCUCCAGCUAAGAAGUCAGCAGAGGCAGCUGCUCCAGCUAAGAAGCCAACAGAGGCAGCUACUCCAGCUAAAAAGGCAGCUGCUCCAGCCAAAAAAUCAGUGCCAGCUGCUCCCGCAGCCAAGAAAUCAGUUCCAGCUGCUGCUCCCGCCAAGAAAUCCCAGAAGCCCGCUGCUGAAGCACCAAAAAAGACUCAAAAACCCGCCAAGGAGGCACCUCAAGCCAAGCCAGCCAAGGCGCAGCCCGCUGCCCAGCUUCAAAAGAAGACCAAGCCAGUGCAGAAGCUCUCCAAGCCGGCCAAGGCACCCAAAUCUAAGAAACCCUUUAACAACAAGUCCAAACCCGGCCAGGCCAAAGGCAAGGCCAUCAAGAAAGAGCCCGUCAAGGCCAAGAAGCCCGUCGAACUCACCUUCGAACUGAAGUCCUUUGACGAGAAGAGGUACCAGGAGAUUGUCAGCGAGAAUAAUGUGACUAAAGUCUGCCAGGCCUUGAAGACUUUGGUGUCCGAGGAGGUGGCCAAGAAGAAGACUACCUCCAUCUUCACCGACUACCGCUACGUUCUGCAAGUGUGCAGCUACAAGAUUCCCAGCUGUCCCAAGCGCAUGGUCAAGUUGAACCUGAAGCAUUCGCUGGUGGGUAGCGAUGACGAUGUGGCUCUCAUUGUCCCCGAUCUGCAGCGUGGUGCCAAGUUUGACUCUGAUCCUACUAAGCAGCACUACGAGGAUCUGCUGCGCGAGGCCGGCGUGAAGCAGCGCUUUACCAUCGUCCCCUUCAACCAGCUGCGCAACGAGAUGGGCUCCUUCGAGGCCAAGCGCAAGUUCCUCAACAGCUACGACUACCUGUUGUGCGACGGUCGCCUCUCGGGCCAGGCCACGGCCUUUUUGGGCAAGAAAACCCAGAAGCCCAGAAACGUGCUCCAUCCCGUUCGUCUGAGCAAGGACAACGACAAGCUGUCGCAGGAGGUGACACGCGCUCUUUCCCGCACCGCAUUCAGGCAGCUGGCCAAGGGCGAUCUGUCAGCCAUUCCGGUGGGCAACCACGAACACAGCCCCGAGCAGCUGGCCGAGAACAUCCUGUUGGUGAGCAAGCAGCUCCAGCAGGUCUAUCCCGGUGGCCUGGCCAACAUCCGUUCGAUGUACCUUAGGAUCGACAUUACGGGCACCUCGGCGCUACCGCUGUAUGUCAGCAUGUGUGCACCGCCGGCGGAUACGCCCUAUGUGGUGGGUCCACGAGAGCAGCGCAUGCUUAAGCUGAAGAAGCAGGCCAACGAGGUGCUGUCCAAGUUUGCCAUGACCAAGGAUGCUGACUUCAUAAAGCUGACCAGGGAUCAGGUCAAGCGCAAGGCCGAGCUGCGCGAAGAGAAGGCCGCUUUGCUGGUCGCUGAUGCUGAUGCUGCUGCUGCCCCCAAGGACAACGAUGGCGAGGACACUGCUGUGCCCACAAAGAAGGCCCGCAAGGAUUCGAGCAGCGAGGGCGCCAAGGCCGAGGCAGAAUCCGAUGAGGAUGAGGAAGUCGAGGAGGCGGAGGAUAGCGCCGGCGAAAGCGAUGAGGAUGGCGACGAUACUGAUGGAGAUGAUGAUGAUGAAAAUGACGAUGAUGACGACGACGACGAGGAUGACGAUGAGGAAGAUGACGACGAGGAGGAUGAUGAUGAUGAGGACGACGAUGAGUAAAAAGCCAGUCUCAUUGCUCUUCGUUAGUUGUAGGUUUAUUUCUAUAUAUGCAAACAAAUUUUGCUAUAAUUCCGUUUGCAAUUUUUACAACAGUUUUAAGUAAUAAACGAAUGUUUUAAGUAUGGAAA